UUGCUGGACAAUACAGAACCUCCAGAUACGUUCACGCCCAGAGACGUAGCACAGCUGCUCACGGCAAAGCAGCUGGUCAAACUUGGCUACGAGGAGUGGGCAGAGGCAUUGCCGGCCAUUGUCGAGCUCGCAUUUGAGCUGCGGGAAGUGGGCUACUGCGAGAUUCUGCAGCGAGGCAAUCUGGUGCCGCCGGACGUGGAGUAUUACGAAAUUGAGGGUUCGAUCAAGAUUAGGAGG